AUGACAAACCUAAUCAUCACUUGCAUUGCUAUCGCCACCCUACUCUCACUCGCUCUUGCUACCGUGUCUUUCUGACUCCCUCUGAUAUCUCCCGACUACGAGAAACUCUCUCCCUACGAAUGUGGCUUUGACCCCCUGGGCUCAGCCCGCCUUCCCUUCUCGCUCCGAUUCUUCCUCGUCGCCAUCCUUUUCCUUCUCUUUGACCUUGAAAUUGCCCUCCUUCUUCCCCUCCCCUGAGGGGACCAACUCUCCUCUCCCCUCGUAACAUUCUUCUGAGCCUCAGCUAUCCUCGUCCUCCUCACCCUAGGCCUUAUCUAUGAAUGAAUGCAAGGAGGAUUAGAAUGAGCUGAAU